CCUUGUAAAACAAAGCCGGGGAAAAUGCCUGCCCGUGCACUUCGGAGCGCGCAGCCCGUCUCGGAAUAAGAAGUGAGUACAAUGGCGUGUCUGUAAAAAGAGCUUCAAGUCCGUCUUUUUCAGAAACAUUGUGAACGCUGCAUGCCUCAUGCUUCCCAGCGCCUCGCAGGAGAGAGCCGGCUAUAGAGCAGGAGUGGCGGCACCCGACUUGCUGGAUCCUAAAUCUGCCGCUCAGAACUCCAAACCAAGGCUCUCAUUUUCCACGAAACCCACAGUGCUUGCUUCCCGGGUGGAGAGUGACGCGACCAUUAAUGUUAUGAAAUGGAAGACGGUCUCCACGAUCUUCCUGGUGGUGGUUCUCUAUCUGAUCGUUGGAGCCACCGUGUUCAAAGCAUUGGAGCAGCCUCAUGAGAUUUCACAGAGAACCACCAUCGUGAGCCAGAAACAAACGUUCAUAUCCGAACACGCCUGUGUCAACUCAACUGAGCUGGACGCGCUCAUCCAGCAAAUAGUGGCAGCAAUAAAUGCAGGGAUUGUCCCUUUAGGAAACGCCUCCAAUCAAAUCAGUCACUGGGAUUUGGGGAGUUCCUUCUUCUUUGCUGGCACUGUUAUUACAACCAUCGGAUUUGGAAACAUCUCACCACGCACAGAGGGGGGGAAAAUAUUCUGCAUCAUCUACGCCUUACUGGGAAUACCCCUCUUUGGUUUUUUGUUGGCCGGAGUUGGAGAUCAACUAGGGACCAUAUUUGGAAAAGGAAUUGCAAAAGUAGAAGAUACGUUUAUUAAGUGGAAUGUGAGUCAGACCAAGAUCCGCAUCAUCUCAACCAUCAUAUUUAUACUGUUCGGCUGCGUGCUCUUUGUCGCUCUGCCCGCGAUCAUAUUCAGGCAUAUAGAAGGCUGGAGCGCCCUGGACGCCAUUUACUUUGUGGUCAUCACUUUGACAACCAUUGGGUUUGGCGACUACGUCGCAGGUGGAUCAGAUAUCGAAUAUCUGGACUUCUAUAAGCCUGUGGUGUGGUUUUGGAUCCUUGUCGGGCUUGCCUACUUUGCUGCUGUUCUGAGCAUGAUUGGCGACUGGCUUCGAGUGAUAUCAAAAAAGACAAAGGAAGAGGUGGGAGAGUUCAGGGCUCAUGCCGCUGAGUGGACAGCCAAUGUCACAGCCGAAUUCAAAGAAACCAGGAGGCGGCUGAGUGUGGAGAUUUAUGACAAAUUCCAGCGUGCCGCGUCCAUUAAACGGAAACUCUCGGCAGAACUAGCUGGAAACAACAAUCAGGAGCUGACCCCUUGUAGGAGGACCCUGUCGGUGAACCACCUGACCAGCGAGAGGGAGGUCUUGCCUCCCUUACUGAAGACUGAAAGUAUUUAUCUGAACGGUUUGACGCCACACAGUGCUGGCGAAGAGAUUGCUGUAAUUGAGAACAUUAAAUAGCUCUGUCUUCGAAGAGCCUUAGGCAUAGCUGUAGGUGAGGACUUCCACAUGCUCUUUACGACUGAUGCUGGUAGCAUUUCUUAAAUCGUGCAUGAGCUCAAAGGGGGGAAUACAAAUAGAUGCACCCAUCGUGUCCAUCUGCCAUCAAGAGAAUUGGGAAUUCUGAGGCAGCACUCUUUUCUGCGAUGCUUGUUGAGUGGCCCACUGUGUUGGACGUGGAAAACGAGCAGAUGUCUGACACCUCUUCACGCCCAGACCGUUUCCCUCCCUAUUUUCCUAAUGUGCCAUGAGGCCUCAGAAUGAGUUGGGAUUGUUUUUGGUAAUGAUGUAGCUUUGAGGGAUCAGCCCUUCACUUUUCAGGGUCUACCUAACUGAGCCUAGAUGUGGGGACCGUUUAUGGAUGACAACAUUUCUUUUUGUGAAUGGCAAGAAAUUCUUCCGCAUCCUUUUACCUAAGAAAUUUCUGUCAGUGCCUUAUCUUAUGAAGAAACAACCUCCCUAGCUAAUGUGUGGUUCCUCCUUCCCCGCCCCACCCCUAGGCUCACCUCUGCAGUCCUAGACCCUGUCCUCCCAUUUCAAUCCCGUACUCUGUUGGAAAGAGUGUGUAAUAUGACUGAAGUGAGGACACCUGAAGAACGAGCAGAUGCCAAGUUAGAUGGACAUUGA